GCUGGGCUCGGCUCGGCCGCCGCGGCUUUGUUCCGGAGCCUUUCCCCGCCGCGGGCGGGCUGGCUGGCUGGCUGGCCCUCCUUCCCUCCAGCCCGCCCUCCCUCCAGCCCUGCCCGGAGUCCGGAGCCGCCACUCGCCCGGGGCAGCUCGGCAGCUCCGACGCCCGCAGAGGAGGAGGAGGAGGAGGAGAGCCGGGCUGGCCGGCCCGCGGGCCCCUGCAGCAGCCUCGUCCGGACCGGACCGCCCCGCGGGGGACGGGCUGGCUCUUCCUCCGCCGAGACCAGCGGAGCCCCCGGGGUGGGAGCAUGCUGGACUCCUAGGCUCCCACCGGCCCCCCCGGAAAGGAUGAUCGUGGCCUCUCCCCUGCCUGCUCUCUUUCUCUUCCUGGCAUCGGCUGCUUCCUUCCCCAGAGAUCUGGCUCCCUUCCACGUGGUCAGCGAGACAGGAACCCACUUGUACCCCUCCUUCCGUGGCUUGGGGGGAGAGAAUGACUCGGACACUUUGGGCCUGGACUUCCAAAGCAUGUUGCAAAUUAACCACACCCUCUUUGUGGCUGCCCGGGACCACGUCUUCGCUUUUGACCUCGGACAGACUGCGAGCAGUUUCUCUCCCAAGAGGCAUCUCACCUGGAAGGCGCAGGACGUGGAGAAUUGUGCUGUCCGCGGGAAGCUUCGGGACGAGUGUUACAACUACAUCAAAGUUUUGGUGCCCAAGAACGAACAAUCCCUCCUGGCCUGCGGCACCAACGCCUUCCACCCGGUGUGCCGGACAUACAAGAUCAGCAAUUUUCAACAGGAAGGAGAGGAGCUGAAUGGCCAGGCACGAUGCCCCUUUGAUACCAAGCAGACCAACGUGGGCAUCUUUGCGGACGGGAAUCUUUAUUCUGCCACCGUCGCCGACUUCCAAGCCAGCGAUGCGGUUAUCUACCGGAGUCUGGGCGAGAGGAGCCCCGUGCUUCGGACGGUUAAGUACGACUCCAAGUGGCUACGAGAACCUCAUUUUAUUCACGCGAUGGAAUACAAGGAGUUUGUCUAUUUCUUCUUCCGUGAGAUCUCCGUGGAAUAUACCACGCUGGGACGGGUGAUUUUUUCCCGCGUGGGGAGGGUCUGUAAGAACGACAUGGGGGGCUCCCCGCGGGUGCUGGAGAAGUACUGGACGUCCUUCCUGAAGGCCCGGCUCAACUGCUCCGUCCCCGGGGACGCCUUCUUCUACUUCGACGUCCUUCAGGCCGUCACCGACGUCGUCCUGGUCAACGGCCGGCCAUCCGUCUUCGGCGUCUUUACCACCCAGUCCAACAGCAUCACCGGUUCAGCCGUCUGCGCCUUCGACAUGGAGGAAGUGGAGAGGGUCUUCGGGGGGAGGUUCAAAGAGCAGAAAAACACGGAUGCCGGUUGGACCCCCAUCUCUGAGGACAAAGUCCCCACCCCCAGACCUGGCAGCUGCGCUGGGGUGGGCCAGGCCUUGGGGUACCGGACCUCCAACGAGUUUCCUGACACCACGCUGAGCUUCAUCAAGUCCCACCCGCUCCUGGACGAGGCCGUGGGCUCUGUGGGGAGCCAGCCCUGCUUCACCAAGACCUCCAGCAGGUACCGGCUGACCCGCCUGGCCGUUGACCCCUCCGCGGGCCCCUCCCACAACGUCACCGUCCUGUUCCUGGGCUCGGAAGACGGGACGGUGCUGAAGGUGGUCUCACGGCCCACCAGCAACCACACGAUGCAGCCCCUCCUCUUGGAAGAGGCCUCCGUCUACCAGCCCUCCCGGUGUAGCGUGAAGCGUGAGGACCGGCAGGUCCUGGGGCUGCAGCUGGACAAGGCAAACCACGCCCUCUACGUGGCCUUCUCCGGCUGCGUGGUCCGGAUGCCCCUCAGCCGCUGUGGGGCCCACAGCACCUGCCGCAGGAGCUGCCUGGCUUCCAGAGACCCCUACUGCGUCUGGCUCCCCUCCGGGACUUGUGCAAACUUCGGCAACGAAAUCAGAAGCGGAUUUGAGCAAGAUCUGGAAAACGCCACCAAGCCCCGGGGCAACUGUCAAGAGGGCGUGACGUCCACGGGGGAACACGACAGCCUCAGUGACUCGGCUUAUGGGGAUGCGCAGACCACGCCGGCGUCCUCCGGGCUCUCCUCCGAGGCGCCCCCGGGGUCUCCCUCUGCUAGCUUGGCUCCCGGCGCCCACCCAGCCCCUGGCGCGGGCGACCCCCGUUUCACCCUCCACGUGGCUGUGAGCACGCAGGGCGUGAGGCAAGAGCCGGAGGCGACGGACGGUGCCAAGUCGGUCCACUUCACCUUCCUCAUCGGCUGCGUCUUCGUGGCCUUCCUCCUGGGUGCCUUCCUCUCCGGCCUGCUGGUCUCCUGCUACUGCAGCCACAGCCUGCAACGCGCCAAGCACCCGGGAAAGGACCCCGAGAACGGCAUCCAGCGCCCACUCUCCCUCCGCAGCCUGGCCAAGAUGAACACCCUGCUGGAAGGCGGCCAGGCCAAGGACGGGAUGAUGGAGACGGCGGCCCCACAGCUCUACACCACCCUGCUCCCCAGCGAGAAGGAGCUGCCCAGUGCCCCGGCCAAGCCCGGCGUCCGAGAACACCCCGAGCUCUCCGCCCUGCCCACGCCAGAAUCCACGCCGGAACUCCCCGUCAAGAACAUGAAGGCCAUCCGGAACCAGUGGGAGAAAAACCAGAACUUCAACAACGCUAAGGACGCCCAGGGGAAGGCGCUGCCCUUCCACGCCCCGGUACCCAAUACGUUCUCCUUCUCUGGCCCGGGAGGGGUCCCCGGGCACCUGCACGGCUACGACGCCCCCUUGGGGGGCUACGUGGAUGAGAAGAAGAUCUCCAACUCGGAGCGGGUGCUGGUGCGGCCCUCCCCGCUGCCCAAAGGCAUGGAGGUCACCACCUUGGAAGAGCUGCUCAAACAUCUCCACGGGGCCGGGGCCUCCGUGCCCCCCGCCUUCCCGCCUUCGUCCGUGGCUUUUGCCAACCGGGUGCAGCCGAAGGUGCCCAAUCUGGAUGGCGCUCCGUAUUACAACACCUCCACGCUGCCUCGGCGGCUGGACAUUCCUCCGGACGCUCCCUUGCCGUUGGGUCUGGACAAAGCGGGCCGCUCUGUCACCCACAGACAUUCUCUCUGUGGCGCCCCGAAGCUGGUGAACGUGGGCGGGGGCGGUGGGGGGCUGCUGAUGCGGCAGCACAGCCUGGGCCAGGCGGGGAGGCUGCCCCCGGCCCUCCUGACCCGCAUGCACUCCACGGGCAGCUCCGUGCCCCACGAGGGGCACCACGCCAUCUUCCUGGCCAGGCAACACAGCUACGGCGACCAGGGGCCGCUUCCCAGCCAUGCGGGUGGCAUCCGGCGGUCGGUCUCGCUGAUCAAGCCGGGCAUGGCCCCCCAGUCCCUCUUCCAGCCUUCCUCUCCACCCGCCCAGCCCUCCGGCCCCUUCAACUAUUGAGCCCCCUGCGGAAGGAGGAGCGUGACUUGAACCCAGAGCCGGGCCCCUCUGCGAAGGUCCCUUUGGCCACAUCCACCCCAGGGAUUUCAAAUCCGAGUGCCUUGUGAAAGGGAAGGUCCCACGCAGGUGGCACAGGUGGGGCUUGGCAGGAGGGGCACCUGCUUCCUUCCCUCUCCCUGCCAGAUGCUUCCAGAAGAUUCUUUGGCCUCCGGGCCCCCCCACGCCCCCGAGGGGCCCCCAAAGUAGCAAAGCUGGCCGUUCUUCCCUACCUCACGGGUGAGGCCUCGAAGGCGGCCGCCUCGGCAUAGCCCACCCUCACCCAUUCCUUAUGCAAGAAAUCUCCACCGAGGAUGCCCGCCUCCCGCUCGCUCACGCUCUGCCAACGGGCACCGAAUGUUGCCUCCAAAGGCUGUGAAAUGCUUGGGGGAGCAGAGACCCAUUCGAGCAACCGGCUGUGGGCAGGGGUCUCCCCGGGGGGCCCUCCCUCCCUCCCUCCUCUCCGCCAGGGCCAACCUGCAAAUGGUCACCGUUUCGAUCCCGCCACGUGGGCCGAAGGACUCCGAACUCAACGUUAGCGAUUUUGCAAAAAACUGCAUUUUCAAAGGGGUGGAUUUCACGCCGUGCUGCCAAAAGGGGAGGGGGUCCCAGGGCACAGUUUUGGGGUGGGCUUUUUCAACCAGGGUGGGGGGGGGGUUCUCUGGGAGCAGUGGGCGUUUCAGGAGACCAAACAGGUCCGUCUCCAUAUCCAGAAUGCGAUGCUCAGAGGACUCGGAAUGAUCUGAACUCGGGGCAGGCGGCGACCACUGGGGUGAGAGAACCAUGGGGAAGGGGGUGGCAAAGGUGGGCCUCGCCCCCCCCCCCCAGCCCGUCUUCGUAGCACUUUUGGUAUUUGUGCGUGUGUGUUUUUCCUCCCAAAAGGGCAGAUUCCUGUGGCUCCCAUUGCCUGUGAGAAAUGACCCUUGGCUGGACUUGAACUCACGGCCGUUCCCUCCAGCGAGGGAAAAACUUCGGGGUCCUGGCUAGGCCCCCCCCCCCAAUCAGCCCCUCGUGGCUGGCAUUCUUCCACGGACCCAAUUCGGGCCUCUCUCUUUUUCUAAAGACCCUCCCCUUCCCUUUUGGGGAGGGUGGAGAGACUCCAAUGAAGGCCAAAUUAUGGGAGGGGGAUCCCCAAAUUUUCUUCUCAAGUUACACUCCCCACCACCACCACCACCACCACCAGAUCCCGUCCGGUGGAUUUUUCGCAUGGCCCAGCUUGGUUCAUCCUGUUCACCUACGCCUUGAUUCUUGUUCCGGCUGAGCUUGGAAGCGCCAGCUUGUCUAGCCCAGCCCGCGCAAGGAGCUAGUCAACAAAGAGGUUUGUAAACGCGUUUCCGAGCUGGGUGUCCCCAUGAACAGUGGAAAUAAUGUACAGAUGUUUUCCCCAGGUGCUCCAGAAUCGGAGAGAGAGGCUCUUCCAUAACGGUGGCUUGCAAAACAAGAGGAAAAUUAGAAAGCCGGGGAGGGGGGGGGGAUUAUUUUGAUGUUGUACUUGCAAUCUGCCCCUCCCCGAAAUGGGGGGGGGAGGCGUGGGCGACCCAAGAGGAGGAGGGGAGAUCCUGUAAACUGACCCAUUUUUUUUUAUUUCAUUUUUAUUUUUGCUAAGUGCCAUCCGGAGAAACUCACCGAGGGCUGCAAAUUCGUUUUCUGGUUUUGUUUUUUUAAAAAAUCACAAUA